AUGUGGGACGGGUAUGACCAUAGCGAGACUUUUAAGGCGCCUAAAAAAACAGCGUUUGGAAAGACCGCGAUCGGGCAGAAAGGCUGUGACAAUAGCACCGUGUGGGACGGGUGUGACCAUAGCGAGACUGUGCGGCAAGGCAGCGGCGACAAUCCCGGAGAGGCCGUGCAUGAAGGCAGUGACUAUACCGAGGCCGUGCAGGAAGGCAGUGACUACUAUACCGAGGCCGUGCAGGAAGGCAGUGACUAUACCGAGGCCGUGCAGGAAGGCAGUGACUAUACCGAGGCCGUGCAGGAAGGCAGUGACUAUACCGAGGCCGUGCAGGAAGGCAGUGACUAUGACGAGACCAUUUGGAAAGGCUACGACGAGCGGGGAGGCCGCGAUGAUUCUGAGACCGCGCAAGAAAGCAGAGAUCAUAACCAGGCCGAGCAGGGACAAUGGAGUGCGUUCCUUGCUAUCAGGAACGAGAUGAGCUUCGUGAUUCCCAGUCGCGGUCCCAAGGCGUUCUGGAUGGCCAACGACCACUGCUCUGCCCCCCUCCUCCCUGUCGCCUGUGUCGUCCCUCCCUGUCGCCUGUGUCGUCCCUCCCUGUCACCUGUGUCGUCCCUCCCUGUCGCCUGUGUCGUCCCUCCCUGUCGCCUGUGUCGUCCCUCCCUGUCACCUGUGUCGUCCCUCCCUGUCACCUGUGUCGUCCCUCCCUGUCGCCUGUGUCGUCCCUCCCUGUCGCCUGUGUCGUCCCUCCCUGUCACCUGUGUCGUCCCUCCCUGUCACCUGUGUCGUCCCUCCCUGUCGCCUGUGUCGUCCCUCCCUGUCACCUGUGUCGUCCCUCCCUGUCACCUGUGUCGUCCCUCCCUGUCGCCUGUGUCGUCCCUCCCUGUCGCCUGUGUCGUCCCUCCCUGUCACCUGUGUCGUCCCUCCCUGUCACCUGUGUCGUCCCUCCCUGUCGCCUGUGUCGUCCCUCCCUGUCGCCUGUGUCGUCCCUCCCUGUCACCUGUGUCGUCCCUCCCUGUCACCUGUGUCGUCCCUGUCGCCUUCGCGGUCCCAAGGCGUUCUGGACAGCCAACAACGACUGCUCUGCCUGUGCUUCUCACUAACUACUGGUCUCCCUUACACCCCUCCCCUGCGGCCCUGCAUGUGUCUCCCUUACACCCCUCCCCUGCGGCCCUGCAUGUGUCUCCCUUACACCCCUCCCCUGCGGCCCUGCAUGUGUCUCCCUUACAUCCCUCCCCUGCGGCCCUGCAUGUGUCUCCCUUACACCCCUCCCCUGCGGCCCUGCAUGUGUCUCCCUUACACCCCUCCCCUGCGGCCCUGCAUGUGUCUCCCUUACACCCCUCCCCUGCGGCCCUGCAUGUGUCUCCCUUACACCCCUCCCCUGCGGCCCUGCAUGUGUCUCCCUUACACCCCUCCCCUGCGGCCCUGCAUGUGUCUCCCUUACACCCCUCCCCUGCGGCCCUGCAUGUGUCUCCCUUACACCCCUCCCCUGCGGCCCUGCAUGUGUCUCCCUUACACCCCUCCCCUGCGGCCCUGCAUGUGUCUCCCUUACACCCCUCCCCUGCGGCCCUGCAUGUGUCUCCCUUACACCCCUCCCCUGCGGCCCUGCAUGUGUCUCCCUUACACCCCUCCCCUGCGGCCCUGCAUGUGUCUCCCUUACACCCCUCCCCUGCGGCCCUGCAUGUGUCUCCCUUACACCCCUCCCCUGCGGCCCUGCAUGUGUCUCCCUUACACCCCUCCCCUGCGGCCCUGCACUGCAUGUGUCUCCCAAUCUCAGGGAACGCCCUCCUUGCCAUAUAUCUCUCUUUCCCGCCCCUCCCCUCGCCUGUACCCUUUCCUCUCCCAGGGAACGCGCUCCUUGCUAUCAGGGACGGAAUGAACUUUGUGACUCCCAGUCGCAGCCCCAAGGCGUACUGGACGGCCAAUGACGACUGCUCGUUCCUGUUUGGGGUGAACUGCAACGACAACGGCAACGUGAUUGUCAUGUGCGUGCGUACGUACCUGUACAACGCGCCAGGAGCUGUUCCUCACUUGUACCUGUACAAUGCGUUGGGACCUCUUCCUGCUGCCAUCGGCAACCUCACCUUCCUAUCGGCUAUCACCACCACUGGCAAUCUCAGUCUACCAACGGAGUUCUCAAGGCUCACGAAAAUGACUUUUCUGUCCAUGAGCAGAAGCGGCAUUUCAGGGCCCUUCCCCACCAUGAUCACUGCUCUGCCAAAGCUCAAAGACGUGUGCGCACGGGUGACCUCACCCUCCGUGCACCACCUUGCGCUGCACCGCUGCAGUAACCUGAAAGACAACCUGCUCACAGGAGCGAUUCCCCCGUCUCUCUCUGCGCUCAAGGCCAUGCAAACGCUGGAUAUCCGGAACAACAAGCUCUCCGGCACGAUCCCCUCUCAGCUCAGCGCCCUCACCAACCUGGACGGGCUCUAUUUGAGCAACAACACGCUCACAGGAGCCAUUCCAUCGCAGCUCAAGACCCUCACAAACCUCCGCUUCCUCUUCAUCGACAAGAAUGCCCUCACAGGAUCUGUGCCAGCUACAAUCUCCUCCUUUGCCUCUCUCAUCUACCUGCUCCUUGCUUGCAGUCCCGGCCUUGCCUGUCACCCACCCUUUCCACAUCACUUUCCGCCUCCUUUUGAGAAUUCUCAAAAGUCACUCCAAUAUGCGUUGCCUGUCACCCACCCUUUCCACAUCCCUUUCCGCCUCCUUCCUUCUCGCUUACCCCCCACCCACCCACCUCCUCCAUCCCAGGCGUGCGUCUCACAACAAGCUCUCAGGCUCCUAGACUGCAGGCCUCGCCUCGCCUCCCACCCACCCACCCUUUCCAUAUCCCUUUCCGCCUCCCUCCCCCAUACCUCCCCCCUCUCCCCCCUUCCCAGGAGUGCAUCAAACAACAAGCUCUCAGGCUCUUUGCCUGCGGGCCUCUCCUCUCUCGCUGCAUUACAGUACCUGUCAGUUACCACCUCCCCCAAUCGUCCUUCUCUCUCUCCCUUGCUCUCCUCUGUUUUGAGGCGCCUCAAAAACAGAUCGUCCUUCUCUCUCUCCCUUGCUCUCCUCUGUUUUGAGGCGCCUCAAAAACAGAUCGUCUCUCUCUCUCCCUUGCUCUCCUCUGUUUUGAGGCGCCUCAAAAACAGAUCAUCCUUCUCUCUCUCCCUUGCUCUCCUCUGUUUUGAGGCGCCUCAAAAACAGAUCGUCCUUCUCUCUCUCCCUUGCUCUCCUCUGUUUUGA